UCCGGCGGAUAUACCGUCAGCGGCUUCACCAUGCCUAAAGCACCAAAGGCUAAGAAAGGGCCAGAGCAUAAAGUUAUCCAUCCGUACAGUAGGAAGGCUGCUCAGAUGGUUCGGGAAACACACAAACACGAAAGAAAGGACAAGAUAAAGAGUGGAAAGGCGAUACGUCUGAACAUAAUUGGUGAAAAGCUGUUGUGGUUUCAAAGCAACCUAGAGCCUAACAAGACUGAGUACACUAAGCAAGAAGCCUGUGAGAUAAUAGAAAAGUAUUUGCACAGGUUCGAUUCUGAGUUAGAACAAAUUGAAUUGGCGAACACUAUCAAAAGCAGACAAGGAAGACAGCAUGAAGCUCGGGAAGCCGUUCUCAAACACAGCAUUGAACGUGAGAGAACUUUGUAUGAAGAAAAUGGAAUAGAAAUACCAGAUAUUAUCAAUACAAAGCAUUUAAAGGUCUUCAGAGAAUGGGAUGGCGAUUUAAAAAAGCUUCCAAAUAUGAAGAUGAAGAAACUGUCAAUAAAAGAUUCAGUUGCUUACCAGAAAAGAAGCAAAGAUGAAAAAGGAGUAGACCCGCAAAAUGAGGUGGAUCAAGAGCAUGUGUCAGACCAUUAAGGAAACAGAACUAAAAGAAAAGAUAGUCGAAGUCUCAUUGGGGAAAGCCACUUCAAUAGCUAUUGAACAAUGUUGUCCAUGAGUUAGCUGCUUCAGAUUCCUACUUUGAACGUAUAACUCUCAAGGAAAUGUACAGUGAGCUUGAUUGUUGCUAACGAAGUAGUCUCCAUCAGCAUAUCAGACUUAGACUUUAAUUCAUUUUGAAUUAGCAAUUAUCAACUACAUUUUAUAUAUUUGUGAAAGGAAGUUGGCCUAGAAAGCAGAAUCUAUUAAAAGAUGGAAGUUUAAGAUGCUGCUUGUUUCUGUUGAUGCUUCACUCCUGUAUUGCUAUUGUUGAGAAAGUUUCUUUCAUUUUACCGACAUCGUGAAGAAAUUUAUUUUUGCAGGUUACAAUUUUUAAACUUGAUGAUAAAGCUGUUUCUUCUCAUCGCUACCACGUGGGAAAUGCUUUUUAUUUUAUGUAAGAUUUACUGGUAAUUUGAUGAAACGGCAAUGGGAAUAAAGAAAACGAGAGGUUUAAAAGAAUGUCUAUCAUUACGUUAGAUUUUUUGAUUGGCAUUGUUGUGACCAAUUAUUAGCAUCAAUAUUCAAAUGUUGGGUUGUGGGGAGAAAGGCUAGAGUACAUGGUGGCUCAGUGGUUAGCACUGCUGCCUCACAGCACCAGGGUCCCAGGUUCGAUUCCAGCCUCGGACAACUGUCUGAAUGGAGUUUGGACAUUCUCCCUGUGUCUGCGUGGGUUUCCUCCGUGUGCUCUGGUUUCUUCCCACAAUCACAAAGAUGUGCAGGUCAGGUAAAUUGGCCAUGCUAAAUUGUCCGCAGUUGUUAAGAGCCUUAGUCAGAGGGAGUUGGAUUACUCUUUGGAGGGUUGGUGUGGACUUGUUGGGCCGAAGGGCCACACUAUAGGGAAUCAAAUCUAAUCUAAUGCCUGUUUAAAGCAAAUCCUGUUUUAAAUGAGCACCAUCACAUCAAAGCUUUUUUGCAAAUAGGGGAGCAGUGAGGAUUUUUAUAUCAAUAUGAAAAUGAAUUCAUAUCAAUUAAAAAUGAAAUUAGAAUUCCCUGUGGUAAUAUUUAUGAACUUCCUAAACAAUAUUCUGUAUUUGAAUUGUUGGCUUCGACUUUACAAAAAUAUUUUAGCUGAUUUUUGGAUCUCUUGAAUAAGGUGAGAGUAUUAAAGUUGAAUUCUCUUUUUUGGUUUUGUUUGAUAAUGUUCCUAUGAAGAGCCUUGAGAUAUUUUAUAUGGUUUUGUUGUGCUGUACAAGAGCAAAUU